GCACAGGUCCGUCAGACCCGAUCCGAGCCCCAGAUUCCAGCCGAAGCCGACCCCACACAUCUCUCCCGGUCCAGGUAGUUACGCGUCCUCUUCCUCCUCGUCGCCUCGCCUCCCAGUCGGCCAGUCGCCACCGCCCGAGAAGCCGAGCCCGCAGCCACCGGAUCCCAGCGGGCAUCGCCACCCACCCCGCUCUCCAUGGUGGCACGCGAGAGCGAGACCUAACCCUACCUUAACCUUACUACCUCACAAUGGCCGCCGCGGGGGAGCGCCGCAAGCUUUGUGGCUACCUACGCGCCGUGGUGUCCAUCCCCGGCGGGGACGUCGCGGCGGCGGCGUCUAUCCUUCCGCUGUCCCCGUGCACGCUCUCCGCGUGCGGGGCCGUGGCCCUUGCGCCGCUCCCCGACGACGUGCGGGCCCAGCCGCGGUGGCCCAGGUCGCGCGCCCCCGGCGUCGUGCGCCUGCUCAGGACGCUCGUGGCGAACCGCUGCGUGGAGGUGGAGGGUACGCUUCUCCGGGUCGUGACCAGGAGGAGGCCUGGGGAAGGGGAAGGGGACGGCGCCGCGGUGGAGGCCAGGGCCGUCGUGCUGCUCGACGUCUACAUACCCGUCGCCGCGUGGUCCGGUUGGCAGUUCCCGCGCUCGCGCUCUGCUGCCGCCGCCGUCUUCAAGCAUGUUAGGUGCAACUGGGAUGCUAGGAAAGCGUUGCUUGAUUUUGAUUGGGCUUCUCAUGACAAUACACACUGUGAUGACCAAUCCGUUUGGAGAUGCACUGAUUGUCACGUGCUUGAUUGCGAGGACCAUAAGAUAGCAUCGAUAUCAAAUAAAGAAAAGUCAUUUGACCUGCACGAAAUCUUCAAGACACUCCCUGGUGUUAGGAUGGAGAAGAACAUGCAGGUAGCAAGAAUAACACCAGACGAAAGAGCACUGGAACUGGGUAUUUGGUCCGUCCCUGAUGAUGUAUUGCAUAAAGUACUAAUUCUACUCAAACCCAGAGAUUUGGUAAGAGUGGCAGCAACUUGUCAUCAUCUAAGGACUCUUGCUGCCACUGUUAUGCCUUGCAUGAAGCUUAAGCUCUUCCCCCAUCAAGAGGCUGCUGUUGAAUGGAUGUUGAAGCGAGAGCAGAACGUGCAUGUCCUAGCACAUCCUUUGUACAAGGAUUUCUGCACUGAGGAUGGUUUCCCAUUCUACAUAAAUGUUAUCUCUGCUGAAAUAUCUACCGGUGAUGCUCCAACAAUAAAUGAUUUCUGUGGAGGUCUGUUUUGUGAUGAACCUGGCCUAGGGAAGACAGUAACCACACUAUCUCUGAUUCUGAAAACCCACGGAACAAUGGCGUACCCUCCACAAGGGGUAGAUGUGAGUUGGUGCAUGCAUAAGCCUGAUAAAAAAUGCGGUUACUAUGAAUUAAGUCCCAGCUUUUCUUCUAAUAGAAACAGCUCGUCUGUGUCAAAAAAGCUUUUGGGAGAGGAUGUGAUAGCAGAUUGUCCAAGUCCAGAUGAUUCUGUCUGCAGUACCAGAUCUUCAAGAAAGAGAGGUAGGUUACUGAGCCCUGAUCCAACCAAGGUAAUGUUGCAUGCUGCGAUUGAGAAUUCCCCAUCAUCAUCAAACAGCAAAGUGCAACCAAUGCCAGCUAUGCAUAUACUGAAGUUCACUAAAAACUCGAGACAAGUUAGGAAAAACCCCAUGGAUGCAUACAGCGACGUUUCAGUUGGCAAUAAAAGGAAGAUUGACACCACCUCUGAGGUAAGUGAGACCUGGGUUCAGUGUGAUGCUUGUAGAAAGUGGCGAAGGGUAUCUGAUGGAACAGUUCUUGAUUCUACCACAGUGUGGUUUUGCACUAUGAACCCUGAUCCUACACGACAGAAAUGCACUGCCCCAGAGGAAUCCUGGGAUUUUAAGAGAAAGAUAACCUAUUUGCCAGGAUUUUACAAGAAAAAUUCUUUGCCUGGAAAUGAGGAAAACGUAUCAUUUUUCACAAACAUAUUGAAAGAUUAUGUUACUAUGAUCAAUUCAGAAACCAAGAAGGCUUUGUUAUGGUUAGCAAAACUUUCUCCUACAAAACUUCUUGAGAUGGAGUUUGUUGGUUUGACUCGCCCAGUUCUAGAUACACGUGCAACUACAGGCAAGGGUGCCCAUCCAUAUUACAAGAUAUUCCAAGCAUUUGGCCUUGUGAGAAAGAUUGAGAAAGGUAUGACUCGCUGGUACUAUCCCUCUAUGCUUGAUGAUUUAGCUUUUGAUUCAGCUGCACUUGGAGCUGCUCUUGAAAACCCACUGGAUUCAACUAGAUUUUAUUUAUCUACAGCCACCUUGAUAGUGGUGCCUGCUAACCUAAUUGAUCACUGGACAACACAGAUACAACGCCAUGUGUCCUCGGAUACCCUUAAUGUCUUUGUGUGGGGAGACCACAAGAAGCCAUCUGCUCACAACCUUGCUUGGGACUAUGACAUUGUCAUAACCACAUUCAGCAGGCUAAGUGCAGAAUGGGGUCCACAGAAGAGAAGUCCACUAAAGCAGAUCCAUUGGUUCAGGGUUAUACUGGAUGAAGGGCAUACACUAGGUUCCAGCCUUGCCCUGACAAACAAGUUACAGAUGGCUGUCGCUUUGGUUGCAUCAAAUAGGUGGAUAUUAACUGGUACACCUACACCAAACACACCAACUAGUCAGGUUGCUCAUCUUCACCUCAUGCUUAAGUUUCUUCAUGAUGAAACUUAUGGUCAGAAUUACCAGUCAUGGGACUCUGGGAUCCAUAGGCCUUUUGAGGCGCAAAUGGAAGAGGGGCGUGUUCGUCUUGUGCAGCUGCUUCAGAGAACAAUGAUCAGUGCAAGAAAAGCGGAUCUGAAAACUAUUCCUCCUUGCAUAAAGAAGAUAACCUUCCUAGACUUCAAUGAGGGGCAUGCAAAAAGUUACAAUGAACUGGUGGUUACUAUACGCCGAAAUAUACUGAUGGCGGAUUGGAAUGACCCUUCUCAUGUAGAAUCCCUUCUUAACCCCAAGCAGUGGAAAUUUCGUGCUGCUACUUUGAAGAAUGUCCGUUUGUCUUGCUGUGUUGCCGGGCAUAUCAAAGUAGCUGAGGCAGGUCAGGAUAUACAGGAAACAAUGGAUGAAUUGGUGCAACAGGGCCUUGAUCCUUCUUCAGAUGAAUAUCAGUUGAUAAGAUAUUCUCUUUUAAACGGUGCCAGUUGUUUCAGGUGUAGCGUUUGGUGUCGCUUGCCUGUGAUCACACCCUGUCGACAUCUUUUGUGCCUUGACUGUGUAGCUCUUGAUAGUGAAAAAUGCACAUUACCAGGUUGUGGAUAUCAUUAUGAGAUGCAGUCUCCUGAGACUCGUGCAAGGCCAGAAAAUCCAAACCCAAAGUGGCCAGUGCCUAAGGAUCUAAUUGAAUUGCAACCUUCAUAUAAGCAGGAUGAUUGGGAUCCCGAUUGGCAAUCAACAUCUAGCAGCAAAGUUGCUUACAUGAUUGAGAAGCUAAGAAGUCUGCGAGAAGCACACAUGAAUCAUGGGAAUAACAUAACCAACAGUGUUGGUCAUUCUAAUACACUAUCUUAUCAACCACAGGCAAUGCUGGACAAAGUUAUAAUUUUUUCUCAGUUUCUAGAGCAUAUUCACGUGAUUGAACAGCAGCUGACUAUUGCUGGAAUAAUAUAUUCGGGAAUGUAUAGUCCAAUGCCUCUAGCUAGUAAGCUGAGCUAUUUUAUUCCCCAGAGCCCUUCGAGCCAACGGCCGACCUAGAAGCAAAGAGGGAGGAAUAAAUUACUAAAAUGACCGAAGCUAUUUUAGAUGAAGCUGUUUCUCGACUGUUGAACGAAGCUGCGGAAGCAGUUUUGAAAGAAGAAUAGUUAUUAUUGUAAAAACAUUUGGAAUGUAAUAUUUGCUGAACAAAGUGUGUAAUAUUUUUAUAACUUUGAAUGUAAUAUAUAAGUUGCUUGUAACUUAAUUCUUUACGAUGCAUGAAACUUUACAUACAUACCGUUUUUGAGCCUUCGGCGAAAAAAAACACCUUCCCUUCUUUUCAUGCUUCGUGAAGAAUAUCCAUAUUUCGUAAAAACAUCUAAUCUUCGUAAAAUCAGUAAGCAAUAGAUCUUUUCAUUUUAGAGUUUGACGAAGGUAUGCUUUUUCAAUAAUUAUUUUGUGCCUUGGCACUGCUUCUUCGAAACAAUCUCCGAAGAUCAACGUUGAACCCCCUUCUUGCGUCAUUAAUGCAAUAUGAUGUAUGAUGUUAUGCUAUGCAAAUGAUGUGAUGAUAUGGUGUUAUGCAAAAUGAUAUUUGUGCCGAAGAUCAGCGCUGACUUUUCGCUGCAAGCCUCCCUUAGAAGCUUCUUCGCCUUCUAUUUCGGCGGUAUCAGCGUUUAUUUUUCGCUGUAAGCCUCCCUUAGAAGCUUCUUCGCCUUCUACUUCGGCGGUAUCAGCGUUUAUUUUUCGCUGUAAGCCUCCCUUAAGAGCUUCUUCGCCUUCUACUUCGACGGUAUCAGCGUUUAUUUUUCGCUGUAAGCUCUGCAUUCCCUUUGGAACGACUUUUGAGCAGAAAACUUAUGCUGCGCUCCCUUAGGAACGACUUUUUGUUAUUUCGGAGGUUCUCCUUGUAACCAUAAGUUCUUAUGCUUCGGUAACUCCGUUAUUCUGUGGAGAAGGUAUAUUUUUACUAUGGCAAAAACGAAGCUAUUACAAGAAAUUAAAAACGACAAAAAACACUUAAACUUUCAAUAAUUGUUCCUUAUUAAAAAGAAAAUGAUACUGAAUGCAAAAACUGUUGCCGAGAUAGGAUAUCUGUUAAUAGAUAUGCUUCGAUUCUGGCACAGUACUAUUGACUGUGCGAGCUUCGAACUCCUCUCUGAAAUCUCGUUGGUGGUGAGUGUGUUGACUCCCUUCUGGCUGCUGGCCUCGUUGCAUUGGUAGUGGAGGUGGUGGCUGUUGCCAAGAUGCCUGAGGUUGGCUUGCCGAAGCGACAGAAGCUGCAGGGUGGUUACCCACAUACUCUGGAAUAUACGGUGAGUGGUAUGAAGCAGUAUGCAUAACUUGUUUCGGCUGGCUCUGUUGGGCUGCAGCUUCUGCUAUCUCUUUCUGUUUCUGGAUAGUGACAUGACACAUCCUGGUAGUGUGGCCCUUUUCCUCACCACAGAAUAGGCAAUAAAUUUUUCUGGGCUGAUCCCCAAACCUUCCUCCGAAGCCCCUGGCGCCUCUGCCCCUUAGAGCUGGGGGCCGAGGAUAGCUCUGUUGCUGCCCCGAAGCCUGAGAGGAAUAUUGCGGCCUCUGCUGCUGACUUCCCCUGUCGUCAUUCUGAGUGGAAUGAAUUGAUCUGACAUGCCUAGGAUGGAUUCUCCCUCCGAAGCCCCUGGUCAUUUCGGAGAACCUGUAAGCUUCCUCCCUUCUCUGUCGAAAGUCGUUGUCAGCGCGGAUGUAUUCAUCCAUCUUCUGAAGCAGUUUCUCCAGGGUCUGAGGGGGCUUCCUGGCGAAGUAUUGGGCUGAAGGUCCUGGCCGAAGCCCCUUAAUCAUGGCCUCAAUGACAAUUUCAUUGGGCACUGUUGGCGCUUGUGCCCUCAGGCGCAAGAACCUUCGGACAUACGCUUGGAGGUAUUCUUUUUUAUCUUGCGUGCACUGGAACAAAGCUUGAGCGGUAACUGGCUUCGUCUGAAACCCUUGAAAACUGGUAACCAGCAUGUCCUUCAGCUUUUGCCAUGAUGUGAUUGUUCCUGGCCGAAGAGAGGAGUACCAGGUUUGUGCAACAUUUUUGACUGCCAUGACGAAAGAUUUCGCCAUGACCGCUGUGUUGCCGCCAUAGGAAGAUAUUGUUGCUUCGUAACUCAUCAGAAACUGCUUCGGAUCUGAGUGUCCGUCAUACAUGGGGAGCUGGGGUGGCUUGUAAGACGUAGGCCAAGGUGUAGCCUGCAGUUCUGCUGACAGAGGAGAAGCAUCAUCAAAAGCAAAAUUUCCAUGAUGGAAAUCCUCAUACCAGUCAUCCUCGUUGAAGAAGCCCUCUUGAUGAAGCUUUCUGUGUUGAGGCCUUCGGUUUUGCUCGUCUUGAGCAAGAUGACAAACUUCUUCAGAGGCUUCGUCUAUCUACCUUUGUAGAUCAGCUAGUCGAGCCAUCUUUUCCUUCUUCCUUUGUACUUGCUGAUGGAGCAUCUCCAUAUUCCUGAUCUCUUGGUCCAAGUCGUCCUCCUGGGGCGUUGGACUGGUGGCCUUCCUCUUCUGGCUUCGGGCCUCUCGAAGAGAAAGGGUCUCCUGGUUCGGGUCCAGUGGCUGCAGAGCUGCAGCCCCUGUUGCUGAAGCUUUCUUUGGCGGCAUGACGAAGGUCAAUGCUUGCCGAAGGUGUUCGAAACUCAAAAAGUGGAAGUGAGUUUACCGGAGGUGGGCGCCAAUGUUGGUGACUUGUUCUCAAAUGCUAAGAGUUAAGAACAAGGCAACACAGAAAAUGUUAAACGUUAAAGUCCUUCGUCCUUCGAAACAUUAUUCCACUUGGGAUGUAAUGAUUUUCGGACGAAGGUUAUGAAGGACAUACCUUCGUAAACAUUUCAUAUCAUAAUGAAGAAAGAAUUACAUAGAAUAUAAAAGAUAACAUAAACAGUUAUGUAUUAUUAUCAACUCAUUUCUAUUUUAUUGCUAUGGAAAAAUAGAAAUGAUAUCGAGUUACAAAUAUACCUUUGACUUGAAAGAAGGUAAAAGUACAAACGUGACGCAAAAGCAAAUGCCAAGUCAGCGUGAACAGUACAGGGUUACUGUUCAUCUAUUUAUAGGCACGGGACGCAACCCAUGUAAAAUUACACCUAUGCCCUUUACAUCUGCUAAUAACUCUAAUAAUUCAUCGAGGUCUAAAUAGUCUUUUCAUCUUUAAGUCGGUUUCCCUUUCCGCUAUCAUGCCGAAGCUCUUCUACACACAGCUUCGGCUCCGCGCCAACCUUCGUACCCCUUCUGUGCUUCUUCACGUUGUGGUUUUAACUCAGGUCCGAAGAUACCUGUUCACACAUUGUACUCCAGAAACAUUGUUAAAUCAUGUUUUUGAGGACCUUCGGAAGCCGAAGGCCCCCAACACUGACCAUAGGGGGUAUCGAUGUCUUGACCUCGUCUCACACCACAUCCUCAUCUCUCGUCACGUUGUUUUCGACGAAGAUGUGUUUCUCCUUGGUGGCUCCUCCCCACCCACCGUUCUUGACUCCCUCCUCGAGUUCGAUCCGGUUCCCCCUCCACCCCGGUUGCUCCCGACUGCUCUUCCCCAGGCUUAGACGCCACCGCUCGAGCCUCUACUCGCACCAUACCCGGCUCUAGUGCCUCCGCUCGUGCCUCUACCCUUGCCACGCGCGGCCUCGAUGCCUCCGCUCGUGCCUCUUCACGUGCCACGCUUGUCCACGUCGACCAGACGACCACACCUGCGGCACGCUCGACCCCGUCGACCACGCCUGCGCCAUACGCGGCCCCAUCGACGAGCGUGGUCCACUUUGCCGACCCCUCUUUCGUCUACCACCGCCGUGGGCGCGCCACUACCUUGGCUCCCGCUGACCCGGGCCCGUCAACGAGCGCGACUCGCUUCGACGACCUCGUCGUUGUCUAUCACCGCCUCGAGCAGGCCAUGGCCGUGGCUCCCGACGCCCCGACGGCCCGCACCGAGCCUCUUGUGUACCACACGGUCGCCAUCCACCGUGACCCUGGGCACGUCCACCCGAUGGUGACUCGGUGCGCCGGCGGCAUUCUCCGCCCCGUCGAUCGGCUGAUCCUGGCAGCUGAUACGACUGCCACUCCUCCGGACGCCUCCCCAGUCCCCUUCGUUCGCACCGCCCUCGCCGACCUCCACUGGCGUCGCACUAUGGAGGAGUACGCGGCCCUACUGGCCAACCACACCUGGGACCUUGUGCCAUGUCCACAAGGCACCAACAUGGUCACUGGCAAGAGGCUCUUUCACCACAAGCUGACCUCGGACGGCUCCCUUGAGCGCUACAAGGCCCGUUGGUUCCUUUGGGACUUCACCCAGCGCCCCGGAGUGGACUAUGACGAGAUCUUUAGCCCCGUCGUCAACUUCGCCACCGUUCACGCCGUCCUCUCCCUACUCUACGUCAACGACAUUGUACUCCACGGCACUCUGACGGAGACUGUCUACUGUAGCCAGCCCACUGGCUUCGUCGACGCCACUCGCCUGGAUCUUGUCUGCCGGCUGGACCGCUCCCUAUACAGCCUCAAGCAGGCACCACGGGCAUGGUAUAGUCGUUUUGCCUCCUACUUGGCCUCCAUCGGCCUCGUCGAGGCCAAGUCGGACACGUCCCUCUUCAUCUACCGGUGCGGCGACGACACCGUCUACCUCCUACUCUACGUCAACGACAUUGUACUCACGGCAUCCACCGCCGACCUUCUACAACGCACGAUCAUCGCCCUUCAGUGGGAGUUCGCGAUGAAGGACCUGGGGCCCCUCCAUCACUUCCCUGGCAUCACCGCCGAGCGCCGGCCCCAGAGUCUCUUCCUCCACCAGCACUAGUACGCCAUCGACAUCCUAGAGCGGGCUGGCAUGUCCGACUGCAAGCCCUGCUCCACGCCUGUCGACAUUCAGGCGAAGCUCUCUGAGGACGACGACCCCCGGUCGCCGACGCGAGGUCCUAC